UGGUUGGUUGCCUAGUUGUGUUGCUAGGAGCUGCUCGGAAGCCGGCUCGCAUUUUCAACUUGACUCCAGCUUCAGCUUCACGUUAUGAUUCCAUUCACCUCUGCUCUCUUCGCACUUCGUUGUCAUGUCAUUGACCUUCUGCCAACUGGACUGAUGUUUCUUGGGAUCUCAUAUGCUCUUGUCAUCCGUGCAAUGUUCACAUCAGUCGUAGACAACUCUUCGGAUAAUUCCACCUUGUCCGUAGAAGAUCUGACCUACAAUCUGUUCAAUAUUUAA